AUGGCCACUACUCCACCUUCCACACCACCGGGCUAUUCCGGCCGCUUAGACCGCGAUAUGCGCCUGCGUAUAUUGACCCUACGCGAUGUUGGCUUCACCUACCAACAGAUCGUCGGCCACCUAGGCGGGAUCACCUACCGCCAGGUUCAAUAUACCUGUCAAGCUCAAACCGCCACGCCUCGCAAAGCUCGUGGCCAGCCGAGCAAGGUUACAAGCGAGCAAGUAGACGAAGUAAUAAAGCUUAUGAAUUCGUCUAAAGGCGGACGUCAGAUGUCCUAUAGAAAGAUCAUUAAUGAGCUGAACCUGGGCGUUUCUCCCAAUAGUCUCGCGCGUGCACUGCAAAAACGGGGUAUAUUUAAGGGUAACCGCCGGCGAUCUACGGGCACUAGAGAGAAAGAGUCAGUUAGGAGCGAAUCCGGCAAUUCAUCUUCCUCUCAGAACGUACCGUGCGCUCCCUCCAGGCCGGAGGUUGCACAAAUCGACACCUCAGCUCAUGUUUACCAAGGACCUACGCCCCAUGGCCUCCAGGGAUAUAAUCCCCGGGAGGCACCAUUAGCCUAA